AUGUAUGAGGACCGUCGAACAGCUUUAAUAAAGCUUGCUGCUGAUGGAGUGCUUGAUUCUCAUGCACCUGAAGAGUCAGAGCCUCAACUUGGUUCAAGCUACGCUCCGCAAGGAACAACACAGGUCGCGUUGACAGCUGACAAUCUAGAGCAGAUUCCCGAGGCGGAGCAUUUAGCUCCAGGAAUUCGCCUAGAUGAGCCCAUACUCAAUGAAGUACUGUGCGAACUUCGUAUUCCUGUACCUGAAGACGCUUCCAAAUGCAAUCAAUCUAUCUUUGGCCUAGAGCACGAGCCAGUGGAGCAAGAAAGUGUACCGCCUGAGCUUGAUCCGCGCACAUCGGAGUUUCGUCCCGGAAUUCCGAGUGCCGGAUCUGUGUUUUCUGUAGCUGUGCAGCCCGGUUCACCUAAAAGCGUUACCCUGGAGUCUGGCGAUAGGACGCAUGAUCUCUCUGGUGUGGUCACCUCUUCACAGAUAUCCUCUCGUAUGGAUUCGUCUAUGGGUGAGAGCGUAUCUAAUUAUCGCUUUACGACUCCUUUCCGGCCUAUGAGCAUUGGGACGGCGAGCAGCAGUCGGGCCAAUUCUGUCAGCGUGGCGAACUCUGAAGCUGGGAGUAUCACUAGCGAUGCAACGCCCUUCAACGCCGAAGUUCGGGAGCAAGAAUUUGCUAUAGAACAGCAGAGGAUGCGGGAACGCGCAAUAUCCGGUGGCGAGCUAGGGAUUGGUGGCCCUAUACCUCCCCAUGUUUCUCUUCCACAAGUAAAUAUAUCCCUACCUCAACGCACUUUUAGCUCAUCUGCAACCAUUGGAUCGUCGCCUGCUACAUCAGUACGCGAUGGAGAUCCGGAAAUUCCCAGUUCUCCAACGGCAAACAAAUUUCGGAGGGUUGUUGACUCACCCACUCCGAUGGAGCGACAGAAUAAUAACCAACUCAUUUAA